AUAUAAAAAAGCAAAAAAAAAAAACGCGACACGCCCAUAAUGGUGUGGCGCGUUCUGACGCUUCUCCACGUCGCAACUCAACCCGACAGCCAGAGAGCUUCGUGUGCGUGUCUCCAUCUAGGCCAGAGAAUGAUGGCGGCGCCCGUCCUGAGAGUGUCCACCCCUCGAUGGGAGAGAAUAGCCCGGCUCCUCGUAUGUCUACUAGGCAUCGUAUUGUCUUUAUACGCCUUCCACGUGGAAAGGGAAAAGGCUAGGGAUGCGAGCUAUCAGGCGAUCUGCGACGUCAGUACUUCCAUCAGCUGUUCCAAAGUGUUCACCUCAAGAUGGGGACGAGGCUUCGGGCUCCUGGGCUCCAUCUUCGGGAACGACAGCGCGCUGAACCAGCCCAACAGCGUCUACGGGAUCUGCUUUUACGCUUUUCAGCUUUUACUUGGAAUGACGGUCAGCGCAAUGGCGGCCCUCAUCCUCAUGACCACGUCCAUCCUGUCGGUCAUGGGCUCCAUGUACCUGGGAUACAUCCUCUACUUUGUCCUGGAGGACUUUUGCGUCAUCUGCGUGACCACGUACGUGCUGAACUUCAUUCUCUUUCUCCUCAACUACAAGCGCCUGGUGUACUUGAACGAGGCUUGGAAACAACAGCUCCCGGUCAAGCAGGACUAAGUUGCGUGGAUGUGUGAAAGAGAAAGAGAACGAGAACGAGAAAGAGAAAGAGAGAG